UCGCACUUGGCCACCAGCACGACCAGGACGAUGGCGGCGAGAGAGAAGCUCCGCGGGAUCGGCGCCCGCAGCUACGACGACGCAGUCCUGUCCUUCGCGCCCGUGCACAACGCGUACCGCAGCGUCGCCAACGGCUCCAUCGAGAAGCUCUACCAGCUCCUGCCUGUGCUGGUCGGUGCCCGCGAUUACCAUGGCGCCGCCUCGGUCCUGCGCUCUAUUUACCGCUCGUUCAAGUCGCAUCCCGAUCUCUGCGUCACGACCAGUAUGGAGAUUCUGCGCCGACAGCCCGACGGAAUCGCUGCGCUUCUGCACUACCUGCAGAGCCUCGUUGCGCUCAACGACGAGUCGAUCAACGCGGCGGUCAUGCAGCGCGAGAUCUUUCUUCUGCACCUGCUGCAAGGCAACUUGUACUUGGCAUACCGCCAUUUCAAGGACGACAUGCAGUCGAUCGAAGCAUUCCGAGACGACGCGCACGUGCAGGCGGACUUUGGCAUCCUCUGCUACUGGCUGCUCUUUUACGAAGACGCCGACCUCCGCGCCCAGUUUCGCGACCAUAGUCUGCCCCGCAACUUGCACAUCAACGAGCUCGAGACCAAAAUCGGGACGGCGCUCUUGUUUCAAGAAGGCCAAAUGGCGCUUCGGCGGGCGACCACCUUGUCGCCAACGUCGCCCGUCUACAUGACAUACUACGUCCAGCUGCUGGUGAUGAAGCACGAGGUUGCCCGCGCCGGCGACUUCAUCGAGCACUUCUAUCACCGCAACCCGCGCGAGCCGCACGCAUGUCGCAUGGCCUACGGGUUCUACGUGCUGUACUACCCGACUGCGACGCAUGCGCAUGUCGACGUGUGCCGACGCUGGGCGCGGCUCGAACCAUCGGCCGCCGAGCCACUGCAAGCGCUCGUCUCGGCCCACGCCAAUGGCCACGUCCCAACAGACGUACUGCGCGAGACGCUGGCGACCGCGAUCGAUAGCUGCGGCAGUCUCUUGUACGAAGACUUGCACGCGCAGCAUGCGUUUUGGCUCUGGCAGCAGCUCGCGACGCUUCUCGGACCGGUGCCAUCGAGCUCGACGCUGGUGGCUGCGCUUGCCCAACGCCAGUGGUGGGGCCGCGUGUACUUCAGCCCUGGAUCUAUCACCGAUGCCAACAUGGAGCUCAGCUUGUACAAGGCAGUCGUGGCCGCGCACAUGUCCCUGGCGCCCGACUUUGUUGCUCGCGUGCUCACGCUGGCGUCUGAGUUUGGCGAUGCGAUGCAGCUCGUCCACGAGUUCGAGCUCGCCCCGAUGGCGCCACCAAUCAAGAAGCGCAAGGUCACCCUUGUCCGCAAGAAGGCGCCGUUUUGGCGCCCGUCGCGCGGUCAGCUGCGCAUGCCCCACAUCCUCGAUCGCGCGACGCUGCUGUCGUCCUAUAAUGUUCGUGACGCACUCCACGUCAGCGAGGUCGAAGCGAGUACGUCGGGCGCGUUUACGACGAUCCCCGUACCGUCUUUUGCGCCGGCCGUCGAAGCCGACGCGCACCCACUCAACUGGCUCCUCCACAAGCGCAAGCAGCUGACGCCGCCGCAUCUGGCCCACGUCGCGGCGGUCGGGACGGCGGAUGCCAUGCAGCCACCUAUGACCCCGCACCCGAACUUGAGCCAGCGCGACUUGACCGCCCAUAUCCUCGAAGACACGCGACUUCGAGACCCGCUGACCGCCGACAUUUUACCUCAUGCGUUCAAUACGCUUGCGCGGACGAUAAAAGCGCUGCCGUUGGCCGGCGAAGACGACGUGCGCGAAACCUUUGUGCGCCGCUACGUACGCGUGUCACGGUCGCUUCUCGCUGAGCUCCCGAUCGCGUCCAAGUACCUGCACUGGCUGCAGCAAUAUGUGCAAAUGCACGGACUCCAGAGCAACGUCGACGGGGCCAUGGCCUUUCUGCGGGCGCAAGUGCGGUCGGUCGGUGGGUCGAGCCGUGGGUUCCCGCACCCGGGUCUCGUCGCGAAGGCACUUGCGUACUUUGAAAAGAACGCGUCCGCGCUCCCGUCGCACUACAAGCAACUGCUGCUUGCGGCGCUUUUGCGCGACUACCAGCGCUACCGCAUGUCGGACCUGCACCGGUUCAACGUCCGACAUCAAUGCCAAGCCUACUAUGCAGCGCUGCGCGCAAAUGCACCGGCGGACUUGCCGCACUGGCACACGUGGCUGGCCGCCGCGCAGUCCCUGCAAAGCCAGCUGUACGCCAACCCCGUCCUUGUUGACGGCGCGGUGCGCCACACGCUCUGCCAUCCGUCCCUACCGCGACCCGAGCCUCAGUAUCUGCACCACAUUUCCGAGACGGUCCUCCAGCGUGCACUGCAGGACCCGAGCGUGCACCGGUACCGCGAUGCACUCCGCGAGUGGCUUGACCGCGAGUCGCCGCUCACAGAUGCGCAGCUCUCGACGAAACUGCACUUGUUUUUCGAUGCGUCAGCGCCGACCUUUCCGUCGGCGUCGCUGCUGCGGGCGCUCAUCACGUACGAGAGAGCAAGCUUGCACUAUGAACGCGCGAUCGAGGUCGGCCGCGACAGUCUUUACUGGUCCCGGAAACAGGUGCCGCCGACCGGCGUCCGUGAAACCAUUGUCCAAGCCACGUUGCGCGACGUGCACCACGCGUCACCGUACGACGCGUUUGUCGACGCCGCCAACGUCUUUGGCUACGUGCCCGAGACGCUCACCGCCUUUCCGUCGACGGCCGCCGUGCACGAGAUGCAGCGGGCAGCGAUUUCGAAUGCGAUCCGCACCGGUCUCGGUUUUGGCGAGGCGCCGUUGCUUGUCAUGGACGACGGGGACGCCGUUGGCGAGACCGAAGAGACACCUGCCGCCAAGCGCUACACCCGGUGGCGCGCGCAGGCACUGGCGUACGUCGUCGAGCACCCCGACGCAACCGCGGACGAGCUGCUUGCCUCGUUUCCGGCGACGGACAAGCCACCGAUGGCGCUGGUUGUCGACCGCAUUCUGCCCUACUGCUGCAAGAAGGCGCAGCCGCUGCGAUGCUCCAAGACGAUCCACCAGCACCUCGACGAUGCACUCUGGGUGUGCCCGUCGCUCCGCGCGCACGAGCUCUACCGGUAUGUUGAGCACUGCAUGGGCGGCUGCGUGCCUGGCCACGACGACGUGCGCCUCAAUCGCCCCAUGAAGUCGGACGCGACCAACCGCCGCUUCUACAACCUCAUCGAAGUGGCCCGCGCGCGGUACCGCAGAAUGCACCCGGCGCCCCGAUCGUCGCCGUCGACCACCGACGUGGAGAGUGCCUUUGGCUGGCUGGACGUGCUGCCGGCGUGGGCCCAGGACUUGGACCCGCGAGGUGACAUUCUCGCCGCCGUUCAGACGAUCCAUACGAGCCGUGACCCAACGCUGUCGAAAGAUGCAGCGUGGUAUCUUGUCCAAGUGCGCGAUGGGCUGCGCCCGAGUGUCGCGGACGACGCGACGCUGCCCAGCCUCCGCAUCAUCAAGCGUGCGGUCCGGCACGUGUCGCGCACAGCGUACCGGCGUGCGAUCCGCCAGCUGCUCGACGAGACGCAGGUGCCCGAUCGACCGGACGCAGCGUGGGAUCAGCUCGUGCGCGCAAAGCUCGAGGCGGUGUUCGACGCUAGUCGCGCAGCGUUCCCGUCGCUACACGCGGUGGUCUAUGCGCGCGUGCGCUGGCAGCAACGCCACCGGCUCUUGACGUACAUUGACAAGGACGGCAUGACGCCGCAGUUGCUCGUGCUUCUCCUUCGCCAUGACUUUGGCGGGUUGGAGCCGCCGGUCACGAUAGACCUCGUCCUCGACGUGUGGCCAGAGGCGCGCACCGCGUUCGCCGACCGCCUUGUCUACCUCGCGUAGUGUGCUAAGGUGCGACGUAAUUGCAACUUGGUUUUGGAGGGACUAUGGUGUCGAGAGAG